AUGGUUUUAAUCUAUGCAUCGACUAGAUGGUCACAUGUAUGUUUGUUAUCAUCUCGCAACCUGGCGUUUGCGAGAUUACUUGCUCAAUUGAUUAAAUUAAGAGCACAUUUUCCAGAUACUCCUAUCAAGUCUAUUCGUCUUGAUAAUGCUGGUGAAUUUACUUCUCAAUCUUUCAAUGAUUAUUUCAUGUCCAUUGGGAUAAAUAUUGAACAUCCUGUAGCACAUGUUCAUACACAAAACGGUCUUGCUGAAUCAUUAAUUAAACGCAUUCAGUUGAUUGCUAGACCAUUAUUAAUGAAGUCUAAACUCCCAAUUUCUGCUUGGGGACAUGCUAUAUUACAUGCAGCAGCAUUGAUUCGCAUCAGGCCAACAAAUUAUCAUAAGUUCUCCCCAUCACAAUCGGUUUUUGGUCAGGAACCAAAUAUAUCCCAUCUUAGAACUUUUGGAUGUGCAGUUUAUGUCCCUAUAGCUCCACCACAACGCUCCAAGAUGGGUCCUCAAAGGAGGUUGGGAAUAUAUGUUGGAUUUGAUUCCCCAUCAAUAAUCAAAUAUCUUGAGCCAACUACAUGUUGGAAUGAAUUAUCAUUGUCUUAUCUUGAUCCUCGUACUAAGAAAUGUGAACUAGAAGUUCAAAAGAUAAUUCAUUUACAAAGUUUAGCAAAUCAGUUGCCAGACACUUUUACUGACCCAAAGAGAGUAACUAAGUCACAUAUACCAGCUGUGAAUGCUCCAGUUAAGAUUGAGGUCCCAGAAGGACAAAAUGAAGUUGCUAAUGAGUCUAAGGCACGCCAGAAGCGUGGAAGACCAAUAGGUUCCAAAGACAAGAAUCCUCGAAAAAGGAAAGGGGCAAUGGUUGAUGAUGGUCAAAUCGAGGAUACGGUCAAUUUUUAA